AUGAGCUCAGCAUCAUCCGAAGCUGAAGGACCACAGACACCUGGAGAUGUGGAAGGAGAUCAACCAGGGCUAGAGAUUGAUGAACUGGGUCGCAUCGGGGUUGCGAACAAGUACGCCACGAUUAUUGCAUCCAGACAGACAUACGGCCAGCUCUUGUCGCCGGAACAGAGAAGCCGCAUGGAAUUGUGGGUCGAGCGUCUGCCUCACGACUGGCAUUUUGAGGACGCGAACACAACUUGCCUGAUUGCAGUCGCAGUGUACAAAGACUGGCUAGAUUGGUCAGAGUGGAAAGCAUUCUCCUGGCUCGACAAGCUCACCAAGUUUGAGCGCCGCUUUAGAAUUGCUGGGGUUGCGUAUCACAAGAUUCCGUAUGCGCUGCGACAUGCCUCAACUGUUACUAAUAGCUACCGAAUAAACCCUGUCAUCUUAGUACGUCUGAGUCAAAUCUUCGAGACCGAUCGUCCACGUGCUCAGCAGUCAUUCUUCCGCCCGUGGAUUGAAAUUUCCAAUGCUGCCAAGGAAGUGUUGGGAAAAUUGAUAGCGAAUAAGAAUAACCCGGAAGAUAUCGAUCGGCUUCGCAUACUGGAGUCUGGAUCCGAAGUUACGCUAUCAUUGCUAGUAAAUUCACUGUCUAACUUGGAAUCUGCAUUGGCGUGGGUCGAGGAAUACGUCGCAGACCUCGCUGAUCGCUCCGACAUUGAUGGAAGCGACAAUCUGGCCGCCAAGCAUAGCCGUGAAGGAGUUCUUUACGCCAACCUCGAAAAGGCUUUUCUUAUUGACAGCUACGAGGAUAUCUUUGCUCCUCUCAAUGACAUGGUUGCACGUCUCAUGCAACUUCGGACAAAAGUGCAGCAUGUUCCAUCGGCUGCUACGGCCGGCGAGCUCAUGGUUACAUUUUGGCAUGACUUGGCUCCUCUGGCCGAUGCUCUGAUAUCGGAGUUUGAGACGUUCAAACAGUACAUCAGUAAACUUCAGUCGGACGCUUAUACCCUACGGUUGUUUAACAAGAAGUAUUUUCAGGUGAAUGAUUUGGGCGUUCAUAACGCUUGCUUGCCAGAGGCGCAGCGCGCCCUGGAGGUCCAAGCUGGGCAUGAUGGAUUCAAUCCUUCUGGAACUCUGUUCGAAGACAGGCUGUUUGCUUAUUCGAUGGACUUGAUCUGGCGCAUGAAUGAGAGGUUCGUUGUCAAUGGUAGAUCAUAG